GCCCCGAGCCCCGAGCCCCGGACUCAACCUUUCACUUCCGUCGCAAAGUUCGUAUUUGUUCAGAGGAGCGGAGUGUCAUCAUCACUGAGCGUGAAGGAGAGAGAAGUCAGACUGGCCAUGCCUGGGCCGUACUGCAGAAGUUUGUACUCGUUCAGCGGGGAGCAGCACCAGCAGGGACUGAGCUUCGAGGCCGGGGACAUUAUCAAGGUGGUCCAGGCUCUGCCCGGAGGCUGGUGGGAGGGAGAGCGGGAUGGAGCCAGAGGAUGGUUCCCCUCGACUUAUGUCCAGGUCCUCGAGAGAACAGCCUCUUUGGGUCAGCUCCCUGUUGAGGACCUUAAAGACCCCCUGCCUGCUCACUGGAGAUGCUACAUGUCUCCACAAGGGCGGCGAUACUACGUCAACACCACAAGCAACGAGACGACAUGGGAGAGGCCGUCCAGUGCACCUGGGACCCCCAGGACCUCCCUCCGACACAAGAACUCCCUGCCGACAGUGAAUGGAUUUCACUCAGGUGGUAGUCCCUUGCAUCAUGUGGAACAUUCACACAACAGUCUGGUUAGUAAGAGCAGCACAGAGCCACAGAGCCCAGGAUCAACGUCUCCCACCAGGAAACAGAACAAGGAGACCACGGUCACGAUAAACUGUGUGACUUUCCCGUCCCUUGCAUGCAUGCCGGAGCAACAGCUGCUGAAACCAAACGAAUGGAGCUACUGUGACUUCUUCUGGACUGAUAAGAAGGAUCCCCAGAGCAACGGCUGCAUCACAGGAUUUGAGGUUUUGCUCCAAAAACAGCUGAAGGGGAAGCAAAUGCAGAAAGAGAUGGCAGAGUUCAUACGAGAAAGGAUAAAGAUAGAAGAGGAAUACGCCAAGAAUCUCUCCAAGCUCUCCCAGAUCCCUCUAGCGAGCCAGGAAGAAGGGACUCUGGGGGAGGCUUGGGCCCAGCUGAAGAGGAGCCUGGCAGAUGAAGCAGAGGUUCACCUAAAGUUCUCCUCAAAGCUCCAGAGUGAAGUGGAGAAACCUUUUCUGGCCUUCAGGGAGAACUUUAAGAAGGACAUGAAGAGGUUUGACCAUCACAUCGCCGACCUACGGAAGCAACUGGUUGGUCGCUAUGCAGCGGUGGAGAAGGCCCAUAAAGCUCUGGCUGACAGACAGAAAGAGCUGGAUUUGAAGACUCAGCAACUGGAGAUCAAACUCAGCAACAAGAUUGAAGAAGACAUCAAGAAGGCCCGCAGGAAAUCCACACAAGCAGGAGACGAUCUGAUGCGCUGUGUCGAUUUGUAUAACCAGUCCCAGUCCAAAUGGUUUGAGGAGAUGGUCACCACAAGUCUGGAGCUGGAGCGGCUGGAGGUGGAGCGGGUGGAGAUGAUCAGACAGCAUCUGUGUCAGUACACCACCCUUCGACAUGAGACAGACAUGUUCAACCAAAGUACCAUGGAGCCGGUGGACCAACUGCUGCAGUGUGUGGACCCAGCCAAAGACCGAGAGCGUUGGGUGCGGGAGAAUAUGACUGGAGAGAUCAGGCCAGUGGACAUAGAGAUCUGACCUCAGUGCUGUCUGACAGCUCUGCACAUGCACAUUGAACCCUCUGGCUCACACUCAGACACUCUGAGGCUACAUGCCUCUUGUGACUGCUACCAGACUGACGGCAGAUCAGUUAGAGCUCACGGCUGAAGAUGGACUCAGUGUUUGUGAGAACCAUAUGUGAUGAAUGAAGAUGUCAGAUGAUGACAGGUGUUGAUGCCCGGCUGAGAUGGCACAGGAAAAUGGACAUUAUGAGUUUGAAUUGUGAUGCGAAUGACUCAGAGCACCUACAAUGAGCAUUUAACACCUGUAGAUGUUGAUUAGCUUUGGGUCAUGCAGCAGUGUUUGUUGCAGCUCGUUUGUGCUUUUGCUCUGAGGUAAUUCUCUGAAUCACUUGUGUGUCGACGCACAUGUGAAUUCUGAAAGUUUUCAAAAAUAAUUUAACAGAUGCUGCUAAGCAAAAUGCAUUCUGACUUAAGAGUGGUAUUACUGUGUACCAGAAUAAGACUAACGUAUUUUAAUACUAAUAUGCAGGUAUUGAGUGUUUGCUAAGCCCCGCCCACCCUUGCUACUGUUGGUUAGCCUGUGUGGCCUGGUACAUAUUGAGUUUAAAGAAACUUGAUUAUAUCUUUUUUUUAAAUUACGUCUUCAAACUGAAAUAAUAUUAUAUUUAGCCUUAGGGCGUGGCUGCUUUAAGGACCCGCCUCAGGUCCACCAAUAAUCAACCCCAAAAUGGAUCAGACACAUUCCUUACAUUUUUGGUCCUUUGGGUUUUUGGUUCUUGAAAAAAGACACCACCCUGAAAACAUUUGGAUACAUAAUAUUUCUCUUAUUAGUUUAUGCGUGUUGAGAAAUCCAAAGCCUGACAGGCUCACUGUGCCUAGCUACGGAUGCUAAGCUCUGAUUGUAAGUAACCUCUUCGUCAGGGUUGAGCAAACGUCAUGUCGCAAAUCUGGCCACACUUCUUAACAUCUUGGAAACAAGUCAGAAAUCUAAAAUUGAAUUUCCUCCAGUGUUUUCCUUAAUUCCCAAUAAGAAUUAAGAAUCAGCCAAUUGCACUUUAUACCCAAGUGAUUUUUAGUAAAUAUCCUGUCAGUUGCUGUUCAUAUGAAAAGUAAUCAAAAGAUAAAUUACUUGUAACACAUUUCAUUCCUCAUGGAAGUCGGGAUGUUUUGGUGAUGUUCACAGGGAGUCUGGUAUAAAUAUAUGGGAUGUGUGAUUUGCAAUGGAGGAUGUAAAAUACAGUAAAUUCUUACAAAAAAGACUUUAUAUACCGAAAUGUGGUACCGAUAAUAUAUAGAAUAUACAAAGUGUUUUAUAUGCAAUAUAUACAAAAAUAAUCCUCUACAGUUUUGGAAUUAUGAGUCAGUUUCUUCAGUUAGAUUCAGUGUCAAUGCUGGUAAAUGUUGUUCAAAAUGCUCUUUUACAGCCAUGUCUUCUCCGGUAUUACUGCUUAGUAUUACUUGACUUUUGAGGGAAGAGGAGUGAGAUGCUUUUGUACAUUAACAGCUAAAGGUUGACAUUUUUCAUUAAUAAAAUGAAAAUAUGUAUGUUAAAACAUGCUCCUUUCCGGGUUGUUUUGCUUUCUGUGUGACGAUUCUGUAUGACCACAAAAUGACAAAAGGCAAAUAUAUCUCUCUAUAUAUAUCUAUAUAUAUAUAUAUUUAUAAACACAUGAAAAAAGUAUUUAAUUUGCCAAAAAAACACGUUGUCACAUUCAAUGAUAACAUGGUUUGAUUAAACCAUGUUACAGGUUUAGAUGGGUUUAACUUCAGACAGAGAUACAUUUGGAUUUAGAUGAAAUACAUGGACACUGCAUUUCUUAUUAUUUACCUAAAAAAAACAUGUAUGGAUGGCACUUUGUUGCAUAUCUUACUUGGUAACGCUUUAUAGUAACACUAAGCCAUUUCAUGACUCUAAUCAUAUAAUACAUAAUAGCUGCGGUUGUAGCUGAUUUAAGUUAUCAAAAAGUGUUAACAUUUUUCUAGCAGGUAGGAAAUAUUGUCUACAUAAAGUAUUUAGCAUGUAGAUUAUAUUAUAAAUUUAAACGUAUU